CUGCGCUCCAAUUUCCAAUUCAUUUACUAUUCAAUCCCAAUCCUGUACCGUUGGACGGUGGACGGUGACACUUUUUUUUACCCUCUCAAGAAGCUCUUCUCAAUGGCUUCAAUGGCUUCUUCAACCACUUAUUGUUUCUGCAACCGUUACAGAACUGCUCGCUUACUUUCUGUUCCCAUUCCCACCUUCCCCCGUAUCCUCCUCUGCCACCAGCAGCAAAACCGCGGCAAAUCCGCUGAAAAUGUCAAUCGAAGGGAAAUAGUAUUGCGGAGCAGCGAAUUAGCGGUCAUUGGAGCCAUUUUUAACUUGAGUGGGAAAAAGCCAGAAUAUCUUGGUGUGCAGAAAAACCAACCAAGUUUGGCACUGUGUCCAGCAACUAGGAACUGUAUAUCUACUUCAGAAAAUGUCAGCGAUCUCACCCAUUAUGCUCCACCAUGGGAUUAUAACCCAGGCGAAGGAAGAGGCAAGAAAGAUCCUAUAAGCAGAGAAGUGGCAAUGCAGGAACUUAUCCAAGUGAUAAAAUCAACAAAACCCGACAAGUUUACACCAAAGAUAGUAGAGCAGAAAGAUGACUAUUUAUUAGUUGAAUAUGAAAGUCCCAUACUAGGGUUUGUGGACGACGUCGAGUUUUGGUUUCCACCAGGCAAGAAGUCAAUAGUAGAAUACCGAUCAGCAUCUCGGAUUGGGAACUUUGAUUUUGAUAUCAAUAGAAAGAGAAUCAAGGCUCUUAGACUGGAAUUAGAGAAGAAAGGAUGGGCUCCAGUAGAAAGCUUUUAAAAAGAAGGGAUUUGGUUCUUUUUACUUUCUGUGUUCAAUAAACUUCACAAUAUAUACAAGAUAAUUUUACAUUUAUUGAGGAGAUUCCUUCGUUGUAAUGGACAAUUAUGUGAAACAUUAAUUGGAGGGUGGUUCUCUUUUAUGACAAUCCCUCCUAUAUAUAAAAAAUGUGUAUAUCUGUUUGUAUAAAA